AUGUGGGGACCGUCUGUGAAGAUGGAAGCCAACUUCUCUGAGGUGGAAGGAGCUCAUUCAGAGGAUGGGCAGAGGGCUCAGGCCCAGGAAGGUGCCCAAGAUGCCCUCUCACAUGGCAGCGGAGAGGCGUUGUGGAGCCACCGUCUUUGCAGUGGCGUGGAAACGGCUGCUGCACCUCCAGUCCAGUGUCCGUUUUCCUUCGAGGAGGUGGCGGUGGAUUUCACAGAGGCUGAGUGGGCCCUGCUGGAUCCAGACCAAAGAGCUCUCUAUGGGGAAGUCAUACUGGAGAACUACGGGAACGUGGCCUUUCUGGGAGCCAGGAACGUGAGAGAGACUACAGCGGAGAAAGACCAAAGCCUGGCGUCCAAAGGAGGACCGGAGGGUUUCUCAAGAGGAUCUCAAGAGAGUAUCUCCUUCCCUACUGAGGUGGCUGAUACAAAAGAUGUCAAGGAGAUGGUUGGGGAAUUCGAGUGGUUCUCAUUGGAAGGAGACAAGGAACAAGAGUCUGAAUGUAACUUCAGUGAUCGAGAUAGACUGGAGAGGCAGGAGGGAAACCAUGGAGAGAAGAUGAGGGAAAAACCCAUUCCUUGCCAAGAAGGGGAUUUCCAUGAAAUAAUCCACAUAGCACAGGAAACACACAAAUAUGUGGACUGGGGAUUGAAUUUCUCAGAUCAAACUCAAUAUAUUGAUUUGCAGAAGCAUCCUGGAAAGCUUCAUAAUUGCUUGCAGUGUGGAAAGAGCUUCCUUUGUGGAGAAGAGCUCAUGAGGCACCAAAGGAUCCAUAUAGGAGAGAAACUGUACAGCUGCUCAGACUGCGACAAAAGAUUCUCAGAGAAAUCAAACCUUAUUCAACACCAGAGAGAGACUUCCCACCAUUCAGGAGGGGAGACAUUUAUCUGCUUAGAGAGUGCAAAGAAUUUCUCUGAUGGGAAGGCACAUGAAUGGUUUCCGUGUGGAAAGUAUUUCACCUGCAGAUCACAUCUCCUUUUGCACCAAAGAACCCACACAGGGGAGAAACCCUUUGAAUGCUCAGAGUGUGGAAAGAGAUUCAGUCAGAGUGUCAGUCUUCAACGGCAUCAAAUAAUCCACACGGGGGAGAAACCGUUUGAGUGCUCAGAGUGUGGAAAGGAAUUCAGAUGGAGUGGCAAUCUUCAGCGGCAUCUGGGAACCCACACAGGGGAGAAACCAUUUGAGUGCUCGGAGUGUGGAAAGAGAGGAGAAGCCAAAUCUGGAACGUUACUGGGAGUAUCGGGGAAUUCCUUCGAAGGAGGCCAAGAGAUCCCGUGCAUCAGCAAUCGGCAGGGGUUUCUCUUUUCCUCGCUCUGGGAAGCCCAGUGGCAGGAGUUCCUCAAGAGGGUGGAAAACCCUCACUCUGGAUGGGGAGUCCCCCCCUUGCCAGCUAAACCUUCCCCCUGGGAGGAUGCCAAGGCCUUUCUGGCCUCCUUUGAACAAGUGGCCGAAGCCUGUCAGUGGCCAAAGGAAGAGUGGGUGAGCCGACUCCUGCCGGCCCUCAGCGGCGAUGCUGAGGAGACCUAUCGCAGAAUGGAUGCCAAAGACAGAGAGGAUUAUGGGAAAGUGAAGGCAGCCAUCUUGCGAGGAGAUGCCCUGAGCCGGGAGAAGCAGCGUGAAGAGUUCCGGCAUUUCUGCUACCAGGAGUCAGAUGGGCCAAGAGGAACAUACAGCCGACUGCGGGAAAUGUGCCGUGGGUGGCUGAGGGUGGAGAAUCACAGCAAGGAGGAGAUCCUGGAGCUCUUGGUCCUGGAGCAGCUGCUGAGCGUCCUGCCCCCAGAGAUCCAAAGUUGGGUGCCCUUGGAGGAGGCAGCCGGGAGUGUCUCUGAAGCGGACCGGGCUCCGUCCGGGAGUGAAGGGAGGCAUCCCUUGCUGGCUAUCAAGGAAGAGGAGGACGCAGAGCCCAGCCUGGUUGGUGAUAUGCAGGGGAAUGAAAACGAUGUGGGACUCCAGGCACUGUUGUUGAAACAAUGCAAGAAUGAAGACUUUAAGGGAAACUCCAGGAAGCGAGAUGGACAACAGAGGCAGGAGAGAAGCCACCUGGUGGAGAGGAAGGGUCACCCUAUUCUUUGCCAAGGACAGGAAAUCCAGGAAAUCCCAGUGCAGGAAGAAAAGGCAGCCCAAAAGAGAAAGAACAGAGGCAUCCGUGCUGACCUGAGAAUCCACACAGGGGAAUAUCAAAACAAAGGCAUGGAGUUUGGAAAGAGUAUCAGUCAGGGCAUGGAUCUGAUUUCAUAUCAACAAACUCACUCACUAGAAAAACCGUAUCAUUGCUCAGUGUGCGGAGAGAGUUUCAGUCGGAGAACGAUUCUUGCUUCCCACCAAAAAAUUCACACGAGGGAAGAGCCCCCAAAAGACCCAGAGUGUGAAAACAGGCACAGUGGAAGACCAUACCAUCACAAGCAUCAGAUAAUCCACACAGAUAAUCCGUAUCAAUGCUCAGAAGUUGAAAAGAACUUUAGCCACCUUACUGCGCAACGAAGAACACAUACAGCGGAGAGACGGUAUCAAUGCUCAGUGUGUGGGAACAGGUUUAGGAGAGCAUCACACCUUCAGCAGCAUCAGACUAUUCACACAGGGGAGAAACCACAUCAGUGCUCCGAGUGUGGGAAGAAGUUUACUCGGGCAUCAUCCUUGCGGCAGCAUCAGAGAAUCCACACGGGCGAGAAGCCUUACGAGUGCUCUGAAUGCGGACAGAGAUUCUGCUUCAAUUCCCACCUUCAGCGGCAUCAGACAAUCCACACAGUGGAGAAACCAUACCAGUGCUCAGAGUGUGCAAAGACCUUCUGUCACCGCAUAAGCCUCACUGUGCAUCAGAGAAUCCACACGGGGGAGAGACCGUACAAAUGCUCCGUGUGCGGGAAGAGGUUUAGCCAUUCAUCAUACUUGCACAAGCAUCACAGAAUUCAUACGGGGGAGAAACCUUAUGACUGCGCCGAGUGCGGAAAGAGAUUCAGUUUCAGGUCCCGCCUGCAGCGGCAUCAACAGAUCCAUGUGCCAAAAACCGGGUAG